GUCGCUGACAGAAGCGUGGCUUCUUCGGGGGUUGCUCUCAGUUGGCCGAACACGCUUCCAUUAUCCUUAUUUGUGGCGUGGUGCGCCUACUGCGUUCUCUCGGUCGUCUCGUCCUCGGUCUCUUAAGUACCCCAGCAAUUCUGUAACGCGUCCUGUAUCUCGUUGAGAACCGGUCUGUGCAGCAUGCUGGCCAACAUAACGCAGGUAGAACACAAGACGUUCGACUACAUAGUGAUCGGAGGAGGAACAGCGGGUUUGGUGGUUGCCUCUCGUCUGUCCGAGGAUGCUUCUGUGUCGGUCUUAGUACUGGAGGCGGGUGAGGCCAACCUCGACGACAGAGCGAUUUUACUUCCUGGCCAGGGAAUGGUGCACAUCAACAAUCCGAAGUACGACUGGGGCUUUAAGACGGUCAAACAAGAACAUUCUAACGGGAGGGAGUAUGCAUGGCCACGUGGGAUGGGGCUCGGUGGGAGCUCAGCGAUCAACUUUCUGCUAUGGAACAAGCCUGCUAGAGAGUUCCUUGACGCGUUCGAGGAGUUGGGAAACGAAGGGUGGAACUGGGAGAGUUUCGACAAAUAUUCCAAGCGGGCAGAGCAAUUUACGGCCCCGGACCAUGACCGCGACUACUUGACGUAUGACCUCAAACACCGUGGAACGUCAGGUCCGUUGCCUGUGUCGUUCCCGACUACAAUCUCCCAACUCGAGCGGCGUUUCAUCGAGGCCAUGCAGACGUUCGGCAUCGAACGCAUCCAAGAAGCAUCGUCAGGCUCUACAAACGGGACCUCGGUGACGGCUUCCACACUGGAUCCGAAGACACACUUGCGUAGUUACGCCGCUACUUCUUACUAUGUGCCCAAUGCAGCUAGGCACAACCUGACCGUCUUGGUCUCCGCUCAUGUGGCUAGUAUUGUGACUCGGCGCAACGCGGAUGGGACUUUGACGGCGACCGGUGUCAACUUCAUUCACGGCGGCAGCAACCAUGUAGUCCAUGCUUCGAAGGAGGUGUGCCUGUCGGCCGGCGCGAUCAUGUCUCCGCAGAUUCUCGAGCUCUCCGGUAUCGGCGAUCGUCACGUACUCAACCAGGCAGGCGUCGAAGUCAAGUGCGAGCUUCCAGGAGUCGGCACCAACGUUCAGGAGCACUUGUGGUCGGGGGUGAUAUACCGUGUCAAGGAUUUCGUGGUGGAUGGUCGCCCUGUAACAACCAUGGAUCCCUUGAUGAAUCCCGCGGAAGCUCCGAAGCACGUUGCGCUCCACGCAAGCGGGAAGGGGGCACUGAACGUCUGGACGACAAGUCUCACUUUCCUACCGCUCAAUAGCGUCUGCGUAGAUGCGGACAAACUCCAGCGCACGCUGUCUGACACUAUCCUCGACGGUAUCAAGAGAAACGCAUACAACAGCGGCCUUCGCAAGCAGUACGAGUUGCAGCUGAAACAUAUCCGUGAUCAUGUCCCGAGUCUCGAAAUCAUGCUUCUGCCACGCCCAAUCGUUCGUCCUGAGAAGCCAGAUGUCAACCAGAAGCAUAUCACACUGGGUUUGGCUCUGAACAGUCCAUUCUCCAGGGGAACAAUACAUAUUGGCUCCAAUGACCCAUUGAAGCAUCCUCUCAUUGAUCCCAACCUGUAUGAUGAGGCAUAUGACAUCCAGUCCAUGGUUGAGCUUGUCAAGUUCAACAGACGAUUGGCACAAACUCCUCCAUUCAAGGAGACACUGGCUGAGGAAGUCAUGCCUGGGCCAACUGUGCAAAGUGAUGAGCAGAUUGCCAAUUGGCUCAGGAAUGUUGUGAAUACCACCUAUCAUACAACAGGGUCUUGCAGCAUGUUGCCAUUGGAGGAUGGUGGUGUUGUUGAUGCAAAGCUGAAAGUACACAACACUACCAACAUACGUGUUGUUGAUCUGUCCAUUGCACCCCUCAAUGUUGGGAGUCACACACAGGGUACAUUUUGUACUCUCUAUAGUGACUUGUCUCAUUAUUUUUGUUUCUUAGCCCUAGCCUAUGCCAUUGGAGAACAAGCUGCAGAUAUCAUCAAGGGUGUGAUCUGAUCAUCCGCAAUUGAGCUUGUUGCUAGUAGUCAUGGUCUGUGUGUGUUACAAUGUUACUCAGCAUGAGUGGUCUUGACAGUGUGCAGAUGUAUGAUAUCCUGAGGUUGUGCAGUCAAAUUGAUGUUGUUUUGUAUCUGUGU